AAAUAAUUUAGUAAAGUUCUAACCUUGUAUGAUCUUUGAAUAAUCGUUGCUCAAAUAGUAGAACAGUAACUUAACGACUACGACUCAUCUGCUGUAUGCGAGCCUCAACGACCUUUCCUUGGACAAAGGUUGAGAAAUUGGGAGAGUGUGUGUCGUGGGUGUGCAUCAUCACCCACCGUCACGCGAGUAGGUUAGUACUCGCUUUAGUGAUUAGAGAAUUUGGAGAGAGUGAGGAAGCGGUUAGCGAAAUGGCGGAAAUGAGAGGCAGGGACACGUGGACGGAGGAGCUCGCCAGUCUCAUAGAGGAUUCGGGCGUGCGCUACGGCGGAGAUCCGAGCGCCUCCUCCGCCACGUCGUUUGAGGUGAGGAGGUCCGUGUACGCGCCUCAGAGCGAGUGGGUGGAGUCCGGGGAGAGCUUGAAGGAGCAGGCCUUGGGUUUCGUGAUGGCGUGGUGCGAGAUACUUUUGGAGCUCGGGAGAGGGUUUAGGGACAUUCUGCGGCAGAACCUGAUGAACGAGGAUUCCUAUGUCGUGAGGAAGUUCGGUGGUCCUUGUUCCAAGGUUUCGAAGCGGUUGAGGUUUCUCAACGAUUUUCUCCCCGAGGAUCGCGAUCCCGUUCAUGCUUGGUCCAUUGUGUUCUUCGUUUUCAUUCUCGCGCUGGCGGCUAUAAGUGUAGAUCCCAGUCGCGAGGCAGUAGCUCCUAUGAUGAAGGUGCGGAAACAUCCUCCUAGUGCUAGUCGUGUGCAACUUCCUGAUGGUAGAUUCAUGGCUUAUCAUGAGCAAGGUGUUUCCUCUGAAACAGCUAGAUUUUCAAUUGUUGCUCCGCAUUCUUUUCUUUCGUCCAGACUAGCAGGUUUACCUGGAGUCAAAUCAUCGUUGCUUGAAGAGUAUGGCAUUCGCUUCAUCACAUAUGAUCUUCCUGGUUUUGGGGAGAGUGAUCCUCAUCCCAACAGAAAUCUCAACUCAUCAGCCAUUGAUGUUCUGCAUCUGGUCAAUGCUAUCAAUGUUAGUGAUAAGUUCUGGUUACUGUGCCACUCCACUGGAUGCAUUCAUGCUUGGGCUUUUCUCAGAUAUGUUCCUGAAAGAAUUGCAGGUUGUACAUCUUUUUAAGCUUUCUAUUUUCUA